AUGCCAGGUUCGGUUGGAAGUGGUGAAUUCGGCGAUGAAGAGAAUUUCAUUCUGGACAUCGACGGCAUCCAAGCCCAUGGCAUUGGCGCAGCAGACAUCACCAAGCUGAAAGCCAAUGGAUUCUACACUAUUGCUUCUGUCCACGGCGCCACCCGAAAGACCCUCUUGAAAAUCAAAGGAUUCAGCGAAGUUAAGGUGGAAAAGGUCAAAGAAGCGAUUCAGAAAUGCCUCCCUACAGCCUCGGGCUUUAUCACAGCCAUGGAACUCCACCACCAACGCAAGAAAGUUGUCCGUAUAUCUACCGGUAGCAAGCAGUUCGACUCGAUCCUCAACGGCGGCUUCCAAAGCAUGAGCAUCAGCGAAGUCUUCGGCGAAUUCCGCUGUGGCAAAACACAACUUUCACACACGAUGUCAGUAGUUGCUCAACUACCCAAAGAAGCAGGCGGGGCAGCUGGCAGAGUCGCCUACAUCGACACAGAGGGUACGUUCCGGCCCGAACGCAUUGCUCAAAUCGCCGAACGGUUCGGAAUUGAACCCGACACGGCACAGGAGAAUAUCUCCUACGCGCGCGCGCUGAACAGCGAGCACCAGCUCGAGCUGCUGAAUACACUUUCUCAGGCUUUUGCGGGUGGCGAGUAUCGGUUGCUUGUUAUCGACAGUAUCAUGAACUGUUUUCGGGUUGAUUAUUGUGGGCGUGGGGAGUUGGCGGAUCGGCAGCAGAAGUUGAAUCAGUUUUUGAUGAAGCUGGCACAUAUGGCUGAAGAGUUCAAUGUCUGUGUCUUGAUGGUUCAGAGUGAUCCUGGUGCCAGUGCGCUAUUUUCCGGAGCUGAUGGCCGCAAGCCAGUUGGUGGACAUGUGCUUGCUCAUGCUUCCACUACUCGUGUGCUCCUUCGGAAGGGUCGUGGUGAUGAGCGUGUUGCGAAGAUCCAGGAUUCUCCUGACUGCGCUGAACGAGAAGCAAUCUAUGUUAUUACCAAUGGCGGGAUCAAUGAUCCUGAUAAGGCUUGA